AUGUCAGCAAUUGAUGUCGACAAGAUUCAAACGCCAAUGCGGGAAACGCAUGCAUCUGGUUUGAAUCUGUCUUAUGAGUGGCGAGUGAAGCAGCUCAAGUCUCUUCGCCGGCUUAUAGCAGAAAACAAAGUUUUGCUCUGUCAAGCUUUGAAAUCUGAUCUUGGUCGGCACCAUGGGGAGACGCUUGCUGGGGAAUUGAAGCCAAUAGAAAAUGAGAUUAAGUUUGUUUUGAAAAAUUUGAAGAAGUGGAUGAAGGCAGAAGCAGUCCCGUCGAGCGCGACAAUGUUUCCAGGAUUCUCCUAUGUUCAUCGAAAACCACUGGCGGCGCCAGGAGUACUGAUCAUCGGACCUUUCAACUAUCCAUUCUUCUUGACUCUUAAGCCGCUAAUCGGUGCAUUUGCUGGGGGCAAUCCGGCUGUGAUCAAGCCGAGUGAGCUUUGCAUGGAAUCAGGAAAAAUUAUUCUGGAAUUGUUCAGCAAAUAUUUUCAGCCUGGUGCUGCCCAAGUAGUUCUAGGCUCAAUUCCUGAGACGAACGCACUCUUGGAAAAAUCAUGGGGCAAAGUUUUCUUCACCGGCUCGCAACGAGUAGGAAAGAUAGUAGCGUCUGCUUGUGCGAUGACCUUGACGCCCAUCAUUCUUGAACUCGGUGGGAAAUGCCCUGUGGUUGUAGAUGAAAACAUUCGAGCAAAGAACCUCCAGAAUGUCGCCGAUCGCAUUAUCUUCACGAAAACUUACAAUGCGGGGCAGACUUGUGUUGCACCUGAUACUCUUUUUGUCCAUGACAGCCAUGUCAAAGAGUUAUGUACAUGUCUUAUUAAUGCGAUUGAAACUCAAUUCGGAAAGGAUCCAAAACAAGGGGAACUUGGGAGAAUUGUCAACGCAGCCAGUGCUAAGCGCUUGCAAGAAAUGAUUCUAGAGGCCGAAGGCGAUGUGACCUCUUCCGUUGUAUGUGGCAGCUCUGCAGAAUGCGACACUGCUAUUCGAUACAUCUGCCCUACAUUGAUCUUGAACCCGAAACCGGGGGCCAAAGUAUUGAAAGAGGAGAUUUUUGGACCAAUAUUGCCUAUAGUGACCUUCUCUUCCCGAUCGGAGGUAUUUAAGAUGAUCAAUGGCCUUGGUAGUCACCCACUACAGUUUACGGUUUUCACAUCUCAACAUAAAGUAUUCGAAGAAUACACAAAAAAGUGUCCGUCUUCUGCUGCGUUCCGAAAUGAUUGCUUGGUGCAACUAUCAAAUCAUAAUUUACCAUUCGGUGGUCUUGGUGGAAGCGGAAUUGGUCAUUACUCUGGAAAAUAUUCAUUCGAUGCUUUUACACACCCCUUCCCCUCUACUUAUCGUCCACUCGGGAAAUUUUGGGAUCUCAAUAAUCUGAGAUGUCAUCCCUACGGUGACUGGAAGGGCAAGUUUUUGGAUAACCACAUCAUCGGACUUCCUGAUAUUCCGGUGCUGCAUAUGAAGCGCUUGGUUUUGUCCACUGCAUUAGCAGCGGCUUUGGCUUCAACGCUGGCCACAGUAGAUGAAUUUCGGUUUGCUGUGGCUCAAUGUUUUCGUUGGAUAGCAGAUCAGCUGCACGAAUGA